AUGACAACCUUCACCGAGUCGUUUGGCGAGUUCUCGGCAACCGUACACGGAGCCAUUGUCUCGACUCUUCUUAUAACCGGAACGAUCAGUGCCCUGCUUGCCGGCAUGCUGGCAGACCAACUCGGCCGAAUUGCCAUGAUUUCUACUGGCGCAGCCGUAUUUGGAGUCGGAGCCGCCAUCGAGUGUGGCGCUGUACACCUGGCAAUGUUCAUCGCUGGCCGAGCUAUCAAGGGCUUGGGAACAGGAUUAUUCGUCAGCACCGUUGCCGUCCAGGUCUGCGAGAUCACCCCGGCGAAGACGAGAGGAUUCUGGGUCGCAUUUUCCCAGUUCAUGCUCACAGUCGGGCUUGCUUUGGGGUACUUCAUGUGCUAUGGCACAGGGCGCAUUGCUGGGUCAUCCGCUUCAUGGCGAGUGCCCCUGGCUGUCGAGUCUAUCCUUGGCUUUGGCUUUGCUGCAACAACUCUUCUCGUGCCGCCAUCUCCCAGGUGGCUGAUGGCAAAGGGCCGUGUCGAAAAGGCCCGCUUGGUCGUCUCGCAACUCGGGAUCAGUCAGGAAGAGCAGCAAGAGAUGUUAGCGCAAAAGGCUCAAGUCACUGCCCACUCUCCCAAAUUGAGCAUGCUUCAAAACAUCCGAGAGACAUUCAAGGACUUCCGCAAAGCUUUCUCUGGGCCGUACCGCUCCCGCACUGCCUUUGGGUGUCUCUUGCUGAUCUUCCAACAAACAAGUGGGAUUGACGGAGUGUUGUACUACGCCCCACUCAUGUUUCGACAAGCAGGCAUGGCCUCAGAGGAAGCAACCUUCCUCGCUUCUGGAGUAUCAGCCUUGCUGAUCAUGGUGGUAACCAUCCCGGCCACUAUCUUCGCCGACAAAUGGGGCCGACGUACGUCAACUCUUGUGGGAGGUAUCGGCAUCACCAUCGUCAUGUUCUUGAUAGGAUCGAUGUACGCCGCGGACUUGGUCCAUCCCGACGGCGGUGCUGGGAGAUGGGUCGUCAUCAUUUCCAUCUACAUGUUCGCAAUCGUCUUCAACAUGACUUGGGCGAUCUGCAUGAAGGCGUUUUUAGUCGAGAGCCUCCCUCGUGAGACAAGAUCAAGCGGCGCGGCGCUGGGGCAGUGUUCCAACUGGCUUGCCAACUUUGUCGUGGCACUGACCACGCCGCCAUUCCUGGCUGCUUCAUCCUACGGUCCCUACUUCUUCUUUGGAGGCUGCACGCUGCUCAGCGUGAUCUUCUGCGCCAUCUGGAUGACUGAGACGAAGAAUCAGAGUCUCGAAGCUAUCGAAGCUGCUUAUCUCCAGCGAAAGCUAGAGAAGACCGGGGGGAAGUCGCAGUGGAGUGUAAAUGUUAAUGAACAGACGACGGACACUUCGGAGAAUUCUAGUGUCAUCACCCCUCGCCGAGAGCGGGAGAGCUGGCUGGGUGUGGCGGCGGCAGCGGGACACGUCCAUAGCAGCUAG